CUAAUGUUACGAGCAAGGAAUUGGGUAUAAAAGUGUGAGGGUUGAUCCAUUUGAGGUUAUUCGUAGGUGUCACCAACUCCAAAACGUGUCAAUCUUUCAAGCUUAGCAGCUCUUGUUUUCCUACGCCUUUGGGUGCUUCAGUUUUCUGCCGCAUUCCAAUUCAAGAAAAUGCAGCUAUAUUGUACGCUCACACCCACAACUCACAGCCGACUUCAUCAUCACCGCUUUCAACCUGAAGGCACUGCUUAAUAAACGAAAACAUUCCUAGAAUCUCCGUACACGCAUUUUCACGAACACGUUGCAUCCGGUGUCAAAUGGGAUUACAUCAGAAUUCAUAGGUGCCCCCGAAUUUAUUCUCCAUCUUCUGUUCCCAUGAGGAGCGUGGCCGCUUGUCUCAAACGCCAGAGUCUCCCUGUUCGCUCCACGAUUUUAUGGAAUGGAAAUUAUGGUGAGGCCAUCCGGUGGAGGCUGAUGCUACUGGGAGGGCCCAAAAAUCUUAUCAGAAGAGUGCAUGAUGAUGUUGUUUUUUCGCGGUUUUUGCAACCAAAAUUUUUCUCUAGUGGCUACUCCAGCGUUCAUGGUGAAAGACCUUCUGCUGAGUAUGCAAAGCUGAGGAAAGAGUCGCUUGAAAGUCAAUUUGGACGUGCGCUUGGUUCUAGAAGUGUUUCCGUAUUAUACCGUUUUGGGCCAUUCCUGGCUUUGUAUAGAGCUGCAAUUAUUUCAUUCCAUGUGUUGAAGCUAACCAUUUGGCGCCUCUUCGUUCAUGAUAUGAAAAAGCGUUCUGUUAAGUUUCGAGAAACUCUCAUUCAAUUGGGGCCUUUCUAUGUCAAGCUUGGACAAGCUUUGAGCACAAGACCAGACAUACUGCCAGCCGUGUAUUGCCAAGAACUUGCUAAAUUACAGGACCGUAUACCUCCAUUUUCAACAGAUGUUGCAAUUAAAUCCAUUGAGUCCCAGUUGGGGAUGCCUAUAGCAGAGAUAUUUGCUGAUAUUAGUGAUGAGCCUAUUGCUGCAGCAUCGCUGGGCCAAGUCUACAAAGCUCACCUGCAUUCUGGAGAGCUGGUAGCUGUCAAAGUUCAGAGGCCUGGGAUGUCCUAUGCAUUGACCCUUGAUGCCCUUUUAUUUAAUAUGAUUGGAGGCCAGCUGAAGCGAUUCGCCAAAGCACGUAAGGAUCUGUUAGUAGCAGUAAAUGAGAUGGUGAGACAUAUGUUCGAGGAGAUUGACUACAUCCUGGAGGGUCAAAAUGCUGAGCGCUUUGCUGCUCUCUAUGGCUGCCGCUCCUCAUACUCAAAAGAUAAGACUACAGCACCUCGGAAAGUUGGUGGUGUCAAAGUUCCCAAGAUAUACUGGAAUCUAACCCGCAAAGGUGUGCUGACAAUGGAAUGGCUAGAUGGAAUCAAACUUACAGAUAAAAUUCGACUAGCAGAGGCUUCUUUAAACCGGAAGCAAUUGAUUGAUGAGGGUUUGUAUUGCUCUUUGAGGCAACUACUGGAGGUGGGAUUUUUUCAUGCUGAUCCUCAUCCUGGAAAUCUUGUUGCCACUGAGGAUGGCUCCCUUGCUUAUUUUGACUUUGGAAUGAUGGGUGAUAUUCCACGCCACUAUCGUGUGGGACUUAUUAGAGUGCUGGUGCACUUUGUCAAUCGGGACUCUCUAGGGUUGGCAAAUGACUUCCUGUCUCUGGGAUUUAUACCUGAAGGUGUCGACAUACAGUCUGUGUCAGAUGCUUUGCAAACAUCCUUUGGCGAUGGAACAAGAUCGUCUCAAGAUUUCCAGGGUAUAAUGAACCAGUUAUAUGAUGUUAUGUAUGAAUUCAAUUUUUCUCUUCCUCCGGAUUAUGCCCUGGUGAUAAGAGCCCUCGGAUCACUUGAAGGAACAGCAAAGGUCUUGGAUCCUGAUUUCAAAGUGGUUGAGAGUGCAUAUCCUUUCGUCAUCGGUAGGCUAUUGAUGGACCCAAGCCCUGAUAUGAGGAAAAUCUUGGGGCAACUUCUGAUCCGGAAUGAUGGCUCUAUAAGAUGGAAUCGGCUAGAAAAACUGAUAGUAGCAAUAUCUGAACAAGCUUCUGGAACUAAUGGGACUUCUUCGGAACCUCAAGAAGAUUCAAAUCCACUGGGAUGGAAGUCGUUCAAUAUGCGUGCUGUUGUAGCUGCUACCGAGGAUCUUUUCCAAUUCAUUCUAUCGAGGAAAGGUUCAAGGGUCCGGGUUUUCCUUAUCAGGGACAUACUUAAGGCGGCUGAUACUUUUCUUGAACAGGAAGUAGUUUCUUGCUUUUCUGAUGAAAAAGUUGAAGGGGCAAAGCCGGAAUCCGAGGGUGAGGCUAUGCUAUCGAGAGUGGUUAACGGGGUUCAAUCUCUUAGAGAAGCAGUGAUGUUAGCACCAGAUGCAUGGACAGCCAUGACCAUCCGGCUAGCAUUAAAACCUGAGUUUCAAAAGUUUGCAUUUGAUGUAGUAUCAGCACUGUUGGCACACUCUCGCCACAAACUGCCCGAUACCUUGUGGGUUUGUAUAUCAAAGAUAAUUCGUAAUGUAGCCAACAACCCUCCUCAAAAUUUAUAGCA